AUGUAGCAAUCUUCUCUGCCAGGAAUGGUGACAGGUCCCGCAUUAAGGCUUCCACAGGGCCCUUCCAGACCUGUAAUUCUCUGGGUCAUUUCUGUUCCAGCCUUCAGAGGUUGAGAGUGAACCUGACACAGCAAACACCUGCCCUUUCAGGAGCUCCAACCGUGCUAAAGGAGGCAGUGCCAGCGGCAGCACAACAGCAUCUCUUCCAACUGAAGUCUUCACUCAAAGGCGGCAGCAGGCGGCGGGGCUUCUCGCUCCGGCAGCGGCGGCGACAGCGGUGGCGGCUUCCGGAGUCCCGCCGCGAAGAUGCUCAAAGUCACGGUGCCCUCGUGCUCUGCCUCGUCCUGCUCUUCGGUCACUGCCAGUGUGGCCCCAGGGGCCGGGAGCCUCAUCCCGGAUUACUGGAUCGAAGGUUCCAACAGGGAUGCUUUGAGCGAUUUCUUCGAGGUGGAGUCGGAGCUGGGACGGUGGACAAAAAAAUUGUAAGAACUGAGAUAGGAGUUCUUCUUCGCCUCUCACAUCCAAACAUUAUAAAACUAAAAGAGAUAUUUGAAAGCCCUACAGAAAUCAGUCUGGUCCUAGAACUGGUCACAGGAGGAGAACUGUUUGACAGGAUUGUGGAGAAGGGGUAUUAUAGUGAACGAGAUGCUGCAGAUGCUGUUAAACAAAUCCUGGAGGCAGUUGCCUACCUACAUGAAAAUGGGAUUGUCCAUCGUGAUCUCAAACCAGAGAAUCUUCUCUAUGCAACUCCAGCCCCAGAUGCACCACUCAAAAUAGCUGAUUUUGGACUCUCUAAAAUUGUGGAACAUCAAGUACUCAUGAAGACAGUGUGUGGAACCCCAGGGUACUGCGCACCUGAAAUUCUUAGAGGCUGCGCCUAUGGACCUGAGGUGGACAUGUGGUCUGUAGGAAUAAUCACCUACAUCUUACUUUGUGGAUUUGAACCAUUCUAUGAUGAAAGAGGUGAUCAGUUCAUGUUCAGGAGAAUUCUGAAUUGUGAAUAUUACUUUAUCUCCCCCUGGUGGGAUGAGGUAUCUCUAAAUGCCAAGGACCUGGUCAGAAAACUAAUUGUUCUGGAUCCUAAGAAACGCCUGACUACCUUCCAAGCUCUCCAGCAUCCAUGGGUCACAGGUAAAGCUGCCAAUUUUGUACACAUGGAUACUGCUCAAAAGAAGCUCCAAGAAUUCAAUGCCCGGCGCAAGCUCAAGGCAGCAGUGAAGGCCGUAGUGGCCUCUUCCCGGCUGGGGAGCGCCAGCAGCAGCCACAGCGGCAUCCAAGAGAGCCAGAAGGCUAGCCAAGCAUCAUCUCUGACCCAGGAUGGCAGUGAAGAUGUUAAAGCUGUUUUGGAAGGAGAGGAAGUUCAAGGAGGUGGGGCCCAAGUGGCAGCUGAGGGGGCAGAGGCUGAGCUGAUGAAGGUACAGGCCAUAGAGGAAGUAAAAGAUGCUGAUUGCAAUGCUACCAACAUGGUGCCCAAGGCACUAGAGGAUAGGAUAGAGGUGGCUGACCUGGAAAUAGAGGAGGGCUUAGCAGAGGAGAAGCUGAAGACCACGGAGGAAGCAGCAGCCCCCAAAGAGGGGCAAGAAAACCCAGCUCUGGGAUUUGGAGCUCAGCAAAAUGAUGUGAUCCUGCCAGAGUACUGAUCUGGUUUCUUCUCAAUCUAGAAGUCAAAUUCUGGCAUCUUAUGCAUUUUGUCCUUCAACAAGGAAGGUGUGGAAGCAUGAUAUGCACUAUAGUGAUUCUGUUUUUUGAGGUGCAAAAAAAAAAUACAUAUCUAUCAGUUGGUAAUCCUAAAUUCAUGCAUGUGACUGCUUUAUGAAAAAAUAGUGUCUUCUAUGGUAUGCAAUGGAUACCUAAUGCCGAGGAGUUAAAUUUGAAAUCACAAGUAAACACAACAUAACAUUUAAAAACAUACAUGUUCAGGGACCAGUAGCACACAUUUAAGUAACUAGUAAAUUGUUAUUGCUUUGAAAACCUAGUCAUCAUACAUCCUUUAGAUUUCUUCAUAAAGCAGUAAUUCCUUUCGACUCUUGCUUCACUAAUAUUAGGUAGUGCUCUAAGAUGUGUUCCCAUUACAUUCACGAUAUCAUACUUUUCAAUGUGCUCAAACUGUCCAAUGUGUUCAAACUGUUUACACAGAGAGGGUUACAGGCUACAGUUUUAUGAUACGUA